CUCUGUUUGGUUUCCGAGAAAAUAUAUGAGAAGAACAAGUAGUGAUGGCAGAUCGUCUGAGAAUGCGGAGCUGUUUACCUUGACUUAUGGUGCAAUUGUGCGUCAAUUGCUUACGGAUCUAGAGGAGGUCGAGGAAGUCAACAAACAGCUUGAUCAGAUGGGCUAUAAUAUUGGCAUUCGACUGAUUGAUGAGUUUCUGGCAAAAUCUAACGUGUCCAGAUGUGUUGACUUCAAGGAGACAGCAGAAGUGAUUGCAAAGGUUGGUUUCAAGAUGUUCUUAGGGGUCACUGCAUCUGUGACAAAUUGGGAUGCUGAUGGGACAUGUUGCAGCAUUGUUUUGGAGGACAAUCCCUUGGUAGACUUUGUUGAGCUGCCUGAUACAUGUCAGGGUCUCUACUAUUGCAACGUAUUAAGUGGGGUCAUUAGAGGAGCUCUGGAAAUGGUGUCAAUGAAGACAGAAGUCACUUGGCUGCGUGAUAUGCUUCGAGGGGAUGAUGCCUAUGAGUUGCAGGUGAAACUUCUGAAGCAAGUUCCGGAGGAGUAUCCCUACAAGGAUGAUGAGUAACGCAUCUCCUGCUUUGCUUACACACUUCAUGGUCCCUAUCUUCUAAUUUUCUCUUUAAAAAGUAGGAGUUUAAGUUUAACUGCUUGUUCACUGUUAUUAUUCGGUGUUUUCUUUCGAUUUCUGUUAUUGUAUUCUGGAUUUAUCGAUGCAUAUAUAUCAUGAUAUGGGUAGCUUUCAAUGCAACAUUAUCAAUGCUAAUAUAUCUGUUAUUGUAUU